AUGCGCAGAGCCAUUCAAACGCUUUCUGUGCAUAUACAAGUACGGAUAUCUGCCUCCACUGGUACCUCCGCCCCUUUUCUUUGGCUUUGCAGGCGCUAUUCUGGUCUCAGAAGGUGCCCUGUCGGCACCUUGGUGUCCAUCUCUGUUAACCGUAGUGGACGGUCUAGCAACUUUCUGUUGCUAAAAGUGGUCACAGCGCCCCUUUCUGUGACGACCACUCCCUCCUUCCAGGCAAAAGGAACCCAUUCUCCUGGGCCAUCAUCUUCCCCUCCCCCACAACUCUUCCCAGCCAGCGGCGGCCGGGAAGGACUAGGCAGCUGCACUGCGCUCGCCCGCCCGGAGGCCCUUCCCAGAGUCCAGCCACACAGGUCUCAGCCAGGACUCUACCUGCUCUCGGGACUGGAAAAGCUGUGCGCAAUGAGGGGCGCGUUGGUUCUCCGCAAAAGGGAGCAGAAAACGGCCUGGAUAAGCGCGUGGAAAGGUAAAUGUACUCCUCACCCCUCAUCAAGAAAAUUUCUCCUGGCAACAGACAGACUAUUACAGAAAACUACAACCAAUCAAAAUGCAGUUGUGAAGCCCAUUCCCAGCAGAUACAUCUACAAAACAAUGCCUGAAACUAAGGCUCAGGAUCACUGUGGAAGAGAGGAGGGAUUGUAAGAGCCACGGGAUGAAGGAGUUUGCUAUGAGAUUUUAUCUCCUAGAAAUGUCAGAAGUCACACCCACGAAGUCUCACCAAUAUGGCUGCUCAAACAUGACCUGAACAAGGAUGACACCAGUAGAUACGUUAACAUGGAUCUGGCCCUACCCCUUCCUGACUCCCUCCCCUUCUCCCUGAUUUGUUCCACCCACAGAAUCUUCCCUUGGAUGAGCUCUUCCUCCAGCUAUCAGCAGUUUGUAAAUGUUGGGAUCAUGGCAGGGAGCAAUCCGAGAAGCAAGAGGCAGCUUGCUUCUUGACGGGGCCCACACAUGUCUUCCUGAUCCACCCAAGGUCUCCUGAGCCUCCUAUAAUGAGGGAGGAGAGAACAGACCUGCAGGCCGUUAUCUGAUCUCCACCUGUGUACCACCAAAUCCAGCUCAAGUUCUUUUUAAAUUGUCCUGUGAGCUUGUUAAGUCCUAAAUCACCGCACCGACACCACUACUCACAUAUGCAAUUGGCAAGAGUGUUUUAUUUCUCUAAAACCUGCAUGCAAGGGUCAAACCAUUUUACAAAAUGGCAACCCUAGACAAAGGCACACAGGACUCUUUAUAGGAAACUAGGGGAAUUCUUGCAAGGGUUAGGUAACCUAAAACCUAAUUGGUGGGUGCUAGGGAAGUU